GAGGGCAGAAGACACUAUACUGUUCUGGAAGGUGCGCGGGUAUCUCGCUUAGACAGGCGGGGGGGGGGGGGCUUGGAGCUGAAGCUGAUGGAUAGAGUGGAGGUUAAAUACCCGGAGUGGGCUGUCCGCUUUCUUUUCAAUAGCUCGCCUUUUGGGAGAGACACAAUAUUUGCGCCUUCUAAGCUCGCUCGUCAAUCGUAUCCCGGGAUUCCGCCAUGCUCAACACCGAACCCCCAGAUCGACAGUCACAGUCAGUGGAGAGCGAAGCGGAUGUGACGAUCUCGGACCUCGCUGCCGCCCUCCAAUCCAAACCCUCAACCCCCGCCAAAUACCCACGUCCAAAGAUCCCCUUGAUGGUCCUAGCUCCUCUCCUGAUUGUCCUCGCUUUAACGUUGGUCGUCACACCCGUAUGUAUGGUUCUUUUGAACAUGGCAAGAGUAGUCACCACCGACCUAUCCAGCGCCUAUUUCACCUCAUUAAUGCGGAGCACUCAGUCCCGUGUGGCCAGAUCCCUCGACUCGAACCGGCACGCCGUCUCAAUCGUCGGUUCCCUCCCCGCCACCGGGAUCGCAAUGACGAAUCAGUACAACCUAAUCGCGGAGAAGCCGACGUGGCAGUUACUCGCGACGACGAUGAAGAGACUGGGGUUAGACGGGGUACAAUGCUAUACUGCGAAAUUCGCUCCCAAUACCGGAGACUCGCCACCUGUGACAUUCAGCACCGUCAACCUCACCUACCUCACCGCCUCACGCUCCUUCCUCCCGCCUACAACCGACGCCGCGUUGGGGAUCGAGGAUUUCAGCGAUCCAGGGGCGGCGAGACAGUAUGCGCUUGAUCAGAAGACUGUUGAGCUUCGGAGCUCAGAGCCGCAGGUGUACAAGAAGAUGUGGGAUAUGACGUACAGUCUCGCCGUGCGCGAACUGCUCAAACCCGUUCCGCGUCGAAGCAUGUUUUUCGGGACAACGAUAAGCAACCAGGGCCUCCGUCUCGCCAGCAUCUCGCAGGUGUUCGACAGCUUGACCGAUCCACCGAUGCCGUAUGUGUGUGGAGCCACGAUUGUCAUUGACGCUACAUGGAACAAGUUGUUGGUUGAGGCGGCGGAGAAUAAUACGUCGACAACCGUCCUCCUCUUGAACAGCGACCGCAACAUGACACUCAUGGCAAGCUCCAACCGGCGCGAAGACUUUGACUACAUCUACGGCGGGCGGAACUCCAGCGAGGAGCUGAGUGAAGAGAUUCGGGCGGUUGUGGUGGGGCGGUUUGGGGAGUAUAGCAAUGUGCCGUUGGGGGAGAUUAGUACGUUUGAGGGGGUGGUGAUGGGGGCGGAGUGGAUUAUACUAGUCGGCGGAGUUUCGUUCUCGGAGUUUGCGGAAGAAAGGGUGGUAUUGGUGUUGGCUACACCACGGCUAGCGGUCUUUCAGGCAGUCGAGCUAGCCCAACGCCGCAGCACCGCCAUUGCGGUCGGCGUCUCAUGCGGGAUCGCAGUGGCCAUGGCGCUGGUGUUUGCGUUCAUCGUCACGCCGUUGAGACAGUUGGCGAAGGCGAUGAGUUUGUUGACGCAGUUGGAUUUCGCGACGUUGGAGAAUGGGCAUAUUUUGGAUCAGCAGAGUUGGAUUACUGAGAUUCGGAAUAUGCAAAACACGUUUACGACGAUGGUUAGAGCAUUUGCGGGCGGCCUAAAGAAGAACCGGCAAUUACAAGGCGGAAGGAGAGGCGUAUAAGUUCCAAGUGAUGAAUAGACGUUGUAGAUAUCUGUCGCAAAUGCCGAUGUUGUAGAUAUCAGACCGAGCAAGUUGACAGGGCAAUAUCUGCCGCCCGCCCCAAACUUGAGGACAAACAUAGUUGGAUGGUGUUGCAGUAGAAUAGGAUCUUAGAUGGAUCAGUUCUGCAAAAUUCUCAUGAGCGGUUGGUGUGAUCCAGGUUUUGCGGGCAUCCUUAUUCUGAUAGGAGCCGUUCUGGUGGAAUGAAAGGAAGCUGGUGCCCAUGAAGAUGUUGAUAGUCUGGAGUGAUUUUGCGGACGCUGCGGGCUUCGGAAAGACCGUCGGAGUGUGACGCGUUUUCGCUUACUUACUGCGAGGCUGUCAUGUUCACUGUCAUUUUCAGAGAUCUGACCACUAUCCACAGGUGGUUCUUCGUCCUUGAUCCUCAAAUUGACGGAAGCCGUCGCAACGCUUGGGGACAUCCAAAGACGCUCAACGGACAAGACGAGGCCAGAC